GACGGCAGCGGACGGCGGUGCACGCGGUGGAUGGCAGCGAACGUCAGCGGGUGGCAGCAGCGAUAGCGGACGGAGGCAGGCGACGGGGAGUGGCAGGCGGCUCCGCCAGACUACCGUGGUCGUGCGUUUGGUAGCCGUUCUAGCGGCAAGGCUACAAGAUCAUCAUGACUCCACAGCGGAGGCGGCAGAUCCUGGCGCAACAGACGCAGAAGCAGCCGCGGGGAAAGGUGGUGAUGACCAGCAUCCACGACCAGUUCAUGACGGCGUGUGUGCAGCUGAACGAGACCCGCUUCAGAGAGCUGGUCAACAGAGUACGGCUGAUCGGCUCCAGCCAGACGGUCAACCAGACGGACGCAGGCGGAAGGACCCCACUGAGCCACCUGUGCGGCCACGGCAGCAGCCGGUGCGUUGAGGACUUUUCCCGACUCAAGCUCACCAAUGUCAACCUCGGGGACAACGACGGCAACACCCCGCUGCACUACGCCGCCCAGGCAGGGCACGCCGAAGUAGUAAGCGCAUUGCUCAACAAGUUUGACGGCAUUGAAGUGGAUGCCAGAAAUAAGCAAGGCAUUACUCCCCUCAUCAAGGCAUGCGUUCAAGGCAAGGCAAGAUGUGCAAAGCUGCUUGUAGAAAAAGGUGCUGACCCAGCGGCCCGGGACCCCCGGCGCGCUCUGACCAGCGCCGAGUGGGCCUACAUGUGCGGCUGGCCAGCCUGCGCCCGCCUGCUGGAGGCCCACCAGCUGCUCACCGCCGCGGGGCGGGAGCGGCGGCGUUAG